CCUCUGUUCAGUCAGUCUGUUUCCUCCUCCUUCUCCCCAAGAUCAGGCCGCGGUGUCUUCUCUCUGCUGCCGGUAACGAUGCUCCGGGCCUGGUGUACGGUGUUUUUGGGGGUGGUGCUCCUAGUUGGGGUAUUCGGGGAGCAGGAGGAGGACGAUGAGGACCCUCACGGAAAACACCUCUACUCGGCCGAGAUGUUCAGCCAUGCAGUGAAAGAGGCGCCUCACUUCAUCAUGUUCUUCGCCCCCUGGUGUGGGCACUGCCAACGUUUACAGCCAACCUGGAAUGACCUAGGCGACAAGUACAACAAUAUGGAAAAGCCUCCAGUCUAUGUUGCCAAGGUGGAUUGUACAGUGGAUCAGUCAGUUUGCUCUGCAAAUGGUGUUCGUGGGUAUCCAACUCUGAAGCUGUUUAAAGCAGGCCAAGAAGCUGUGAAGUACCAGGGAGUAAGGGACUUUCAGUCUCUGGAAAACUGGAUGCUCCAGACAGUAAACGAAGAACCAGAAAAACCAUCAACUGAGGAGGAAGUUCCAAAGGCCCCAGAACCCAAGCAAGGCUUAUAUGAACUCACAGCAGAAAACUUCAAGGAUCAUGUAGCAGAGGGAAGCCAUUUUAUCAAAUUUUUUGCCCCAUGGUGUGGGCAUUGCAAAUCUCUGGCCCCAGUUUGGGAACAACUUGCAUCUUCAUUUCAGGAAUCUAAAACUGUGACAGUCGCUAAGGUUGAUUGUACUCAACACAAUGAGUUGUGCUCUCAAAACCAAGUGCGUGGCUAUCCAACAUUGCUGUGGUUUAGAAAUGGUGAAAAGGCUGACCAGUACAAAGGAAAGCGUGAUCUUGAUUCCCUUAAGGAAUAUGCAGAAAGUCAACUGAAUGCUGCUGAAGAAAAGGAGACUGACGAAGUACCACCACAAGCGGAGAAGCCUGCUGAAACGGAAUCAAAGGUCUUGGUUCUAAAUGAAAACAACUUUGAUUCGACUGUUGCUACUGGUGUAAGCUUCAUUAAGUUUUAUGCUCCAUGGUGUGGACACUGUAAGCAUUUAGCUCCUACAUGGGAUGAACUUUCCAAAAAAGAUUUUCCAGGUUUGAGUGAUGUUAAAAUAGCCAAGGUCGACUGCACAGUGGAGCGUUCCCUUUGCAACAGAUUUUCAGUUCGUGGAUAUCCAUCACUGAUACUUUUCCGUGCUGGGGAAAAAGUCGAUGAGCAUGAAGGUGCCAGAGAUCUUGAAACUCUGCAGAACUUCGUUGUACGUCACUCUAAAGAUGAAUUAUAAGACCAUGCUAAACCCUAUGGGUUUGUGCUGCCUGACUGGGCCAAACAAUUAUUGAAUUCUACCCAUGCAGUACUUUUGGUGGAACACUGAAUUUGCUAAAGUGAUUUUCAGCUAAGCUUGUUGGUGUUCUACAAAAGACACCUGACUUGAAGGAAAAAAAUAGUAGGUGUCUUGGUUUUAUCUUUUGAAAAUACCACAGACCUCUUCUUCAAAAACAUCUCCGGAUGUAGUCAAUAAUGCCACUACUAUGGACCACAAGGCAGAGCUUUCACUCUGCCUAAAGAGAAACUUACACUUAUUUGCUGGUGGGUUGUUGUUUUUUUCUGCUCAAAUCCAAGAUGGUGUGAAGUGCCUUAGUGUAUUUGGGUGACAAGAUGAGAGGCAUACAUUCAAUAUUUCUGUUAACGUGGUUUUUUUCCCCUCUCCCCUGAUUUCCCUUUAGAUGGUUGCCCAUCUAACAUGUUUUUUGUUAUUGUGUACUGUUAUGUACUACCAGCAUCUGAGGUAAAGGCACAUCAGCCCCAAUAAAACAUAUCUUUUUAUAUGGAAAACACAAGUGCACCAUUUUCUUAUUUCCUGAAUGGAGCUAUGUAAGGCAAUUUGAAAUGCCAUCAUAGGGAACCUAUAACAAACAUGUAGUAAUGUUCAGAUUUAUACCUGAGCCUUCCCAUAUGUUGUCCUUGUAGGUUUUAGCCUUCCAUUCCAUAUGGCUUCUUCUUUAGUAUCAAAAUGUGAAUUGCUGGUGGUUCAAAGGGAUCUUCAAAUUAUAGGCCAAAAGAGCUGAACUGAAAAACUAUCUUAUUCUGGGAAUUUUUCCUAAUCUGUUUCUGAUCUAAAAUAUAAAAAAUACUUUGUAUAAAAA